CUCAAAUCUGCGCUCUAACAGACACGCAGCACUAAAUGGCAGAUGAAAAUGCUGACAUUGCAAGCGGUAGCGAGUCUGAAUGGGACGAUUGGGAAGAAGACGUCGUUACUUCGUGUCAAGACUUGUUUAGUGAUCAGAUGUUUGAAAGCGUGGAGAGCAUGUUGGUGAACUGCAGAGAAGUACACGGGAUCGACAUGAGUCAGUUUCUGUCUUUGCAUAAACUAGACUUUUACAGUCGUAUCAAGUUCAUCAAUUAUAUAAGACUUGAACGUCCGAGUCCUGGAGAUGUUAUCGCAGACUUUGACAAGUUGGCAUGGAAUGAUGAAAAGUAUCUGAAACCUGUUUUAUUGGAUGACCCAAUUUUGCAAUGGGACUUUGGACUUGAAAAUGAUGACGAUAGUGAUGAUAUGGAGUUGGUAGAAAAUACUGGGAAGACUACAACAGCAGAUUCUAAUGAUAGAGACGUUGUUGCUGCAAAAAUGCGAGACAGUGAGGCUCGGGCUUUGGCAGCAGAAGAAAGUCUGUCACGGGCAAUGCUUGAUUUACAACAGAUGAGAUCAACGAUGCAGUCUGUUGUGAAAGAUAAGAUUAAUGUUGACAAGGUCAAAUGCAGAUCAAACAGCAAUUCCAGUGACAACAGUGAGGAAGAUGAAUAUUUUGCAUCAUACUCACAUUUUGGUAUUCACAAAGAGAUGCUGCAGGAUGAUGUAAGAACGGGAACAUACAGGGAAUUUAUGCUACAAACCAGACACUUAUUCAAAGACAAAGUUGUAUUGGAUGUUGGAUGUGGUACUGGAAUUCUAUCUAUGAUUGCAGCUCAAUGUGGAGCCAAGCAAGUCAUUGGAGUAGACAAAUCUACAAUCAUUCAUCAAGCAGUGGACAUUGUCAUGGAGAAUGGCCUUCACGAUGUUGUGACGUUGAUUAGAGGAAGAAUCGAAGAUGUGCAACUUCCAACAGAGAAAGUGGACAUUAUUGUUUCUGAGUGGAUGGGUUACUUUCUUUUGUUUGAAUCAAUGCUUGACUCUGUCAUAUUUGCAAGAGAUAAGUGGCUCUCUCACACUGGUUCAGUGUAUCCUGAUGUAUGUCACAUCAGUCUAGCAGCAGUGAGCAAUCAGACACUUUGGGAGAGUAACAUUGCAUUCUGGGAUGACGUAUAUGGCUUCAAGAUGAGCUGCUUGAAAGAGUUGUCUAUAACAGAACCUUUAGUUACAGCAAUCAAUCCCGAAUCAGUUGUCUCUGACUCUGUUGUCGUAAAGACUAUUGAUGUGAAGUCCGUGGUAGUCACCGAUUUGGAUUUUGAAGCUGAUUUUGUACUGAGAGUUACUCGAAACUGUGUUUGUACAGCAAUAGUGGGCUACUUUAACGUCCAGUUUAAUGGUGACGUUCAGGUACAUCACAAUAGAAACUUAUGUUGUACUCAUCCUAGUGCCAAAGCAACUCAUUGGAAACAGACAGUAUUUUUAUUGCAAGAGCCAAUACAUGUCAAAGAAGGUGACACGUUAUCUGGUACAAUUUGCUGUGAGAAGAGUAAGAAAGAUCGUCGUGCUCUGAGUGUGAGUCUGAAUGUUAUCAACCCUGCUGGACAACAAAGUAGAAAGUACUGCAUGAGUUGAUCGUUUGGUGCAAAGACAAGAGAUCAAUUCACGUUAUUUGCAAAAUUUUACUAUAAUUAAUGACAACAAGUUUGUUGUAUUAAUUUUGUGUUAUUAACACACUGUUUGACACAAGAGAGUUGAAUAGCUGAUGAGCGUAUAGAUGCUGAAUGCUUUAUCUCUAGAGUGCUGUUGCACUCAUUUUUGAGCUCGUUUGUCUUGUGUUCAUCCCAUUAAAUGACAAAGCAAAUUAUAG